AAUCACAGGAUCUGGAUAAGGGUGAAAAUGCUAUGUUGCGCCUGUAAAUCAGUGCAUGCGACUAUUAGUGUCGCCUUUAUUGGUACUCGGAAGCCACAUCGUUUGCCUGCAUUGUUUCCAUUGUUCCUUGCCCCGGCCCGAGCACUCAGCCAUCAGGAGCCGAACCCUGCAACGUGCGGGACGCAAAACUCAUCCUUCUCGAUCUUGUUGAAAACGGUAGUAGCAGGAUCAUUCGUCGGUGCGGCAUUCAUCGCUGGGCAUACAGCAGGGGCUAGCUGUGAUGAAGUAAAGUCUCCGCAGGAGGUGAACAAUGUAGGAGGCGGCGCCCCAGUGACUGCCCCCUACACGGUCACUUUUGCGUCCAAUUAUCAUGAUCGAGUGGACACAAAACUUCAUAGAGCUUAUCCUGAGUUUUUACAGUACCAUCUUAUUCAUGAAACGCUUCGAGGCAAGGAAAAGAUAGAGGGCUACGAGGUGUACAAAGAUAGGCGUGACGAUUCUAUCGUAGCAUUUGCUCGCCUCGGGAAGCUUCUCAGCGGGCAUCCGGAUAUAAUCCAUGGAGGCUCUAUAGCCGCCUUACUCGACAACACUAUGGGCGUGGCAUUCUUCGCUGCCAAUAAAGGUAAUGGCUUCACUGCCAACCUCACAAUCAAUUACAAGAGGCCGAUCAUUUGUGGCACCGAGAUCAAGGUCUUGGCCCGAGUGGAGCGGUUUGAAGGACGCAAGGUUUUCCUACGAGCAGAGAUUCGAGAUGCUAAGGACGAGGCAGUGUUGUACACGGAAGCCACAUCCCUCUUCAUAACUUCACAAAGUCCUCUGCUUACGGGACCGAAGAAGGUGGACAUCAGUUAGCAUUGUAGUAGUACUUUUGUGCCAUCAAAAAAUACAUUCUUACUCGCUCCGUAGGUUGCCGAAUAAAGCUAUCCCAUCCGACGACAUUCUCUCUUUAUUCGUGAAUGA